CUGGCUCCGAGGAGGGAGCAAGUGAAUUUCAAACACAAACAACCGCACGAGCGCGCCGCCGCCGCGCCUCCGCGCCGCCGCUGACCUGCGCCCGCCCCGUCCGUGCGGCGCGGGGGAGACGCCGUGGCCGCGCCGGGGCUCGGGCCGGGGGCCGCCAUCGAGGCGGGGGCCGCGCGGGGGCCGGAGCGGAGCGGCGCCCACACCGCCGCACGCGCCAACUUGGGCUCGCGCUUGCCCGCCCGGCGCGGGGCCCGCGGCGCCCGGAGUCCCGCCAUGUCGCGAUCCAACCGGCAGAAGGAGUACAAGUGCGGGGACCUGGUGUUCGCCAAGAUGAAGGGCUACCCGCACUGGCCGGCCCGGAUUGACGAGAUGCCCGAGGCCGCAGUGAAAUCAACGGCCAACAAAUACCAAGUCUUUUUCUUUGGGACCCAUGAGACGGCAUUCCUGGGCCCCAAAGACCUCUUCCCUUACGAGGAGUCCAAGGAGAAGUUUGGCAAGCCCAACAAGAGGAAAGGGUUCAGCGAGGGGCUGUGGGAGAUCGAGAACAACCCUACGGUCAAGGCUUCUGGCUACCAGUCUUCUCAGAAAAAGAAUCUCGUGGAAGAGCCUGAGCCUGAGCCUGAAGUCCCAGAGGGCGACAGUGACAAAAAGGGCAAUGCUGAGGGCAGCAGUGACGAGGAGGGCAAGCUGGUCAUCGAUGAGCCCGCCAAGGAGAAGAGCGAGAAGGGGCUGCUGAAGAGGAGAGCCGGGGACCUGCUGGAGGACUCCCCCAAACGUCCCAAGGAGGCGGAAGACCCGGAAGGAGAGGAGAAGGAGGUGGCUGCCUGUGAGGGAGAGAGGCCCCUCCCCAUGGAGGCUGAGAAGAACAGCAUCCCCGCUGAGCCGAGUUCAGGUCGGGGGCCCUCUCAGGAGGAAGAGGAGGAGGAGGACGAUGAGGAAGAAGAGACUGCCAAGGAAGAUUCUGAGGCCCCAGGCAUCAGGGAUCAUGAGAGCCUGUAGCCACAAAUGUUUCAAGAGGAGCCCCUGCCCCGUUCCUGCUGCUGUCUGGGUGCUACUGGGGAAACUGGCCAUGGCCUGCAAACUGGGAAUCCCCUCCCCACCCUCCCUCACCCACUCUGCCACCCACUCUGCCCUCCAGGCCGAGCCCAUGGAAAUUGACUUGUGGGGGCAGGUCACCUGACCCUCACCUCCUUGUCCCAUGCCCCUGUACUCUUGAGUCAAGGCCAUGUCUUCUGCUCCCUUGGCUGAGAUGGGACGACUGUCCCUUCCUGCCUGGAGCUGUUUCCCAGGGCUUCCUAGGGACCAGCUGUUUCAACUCCUGACACCCCCCUCUCCUUCCCCAGUAUUCUGGACCUCUGGGUGAUUGGGAUGUGAGUAGGAGUGGACAGGAUGGAGGCUGAAGAGCAAAGGCCUUUGGGGGGUGGGAGGAGGGGUCAAGUGAGGGCUGAGGGGGUGGGAGGAGGGUGGCACCUGGAGCUCCUGCCUCCUGCUCCCACACCUAUUUGCCCAGCUGCCUAGAUUCAGGGGAAAAUGGGACACCUUGCGGGGAGGGGACUUCCUUCCGUACAUCUUGGUGAUUAACAAGACCUACUCUUCCACUUCUGACUCCAAGAGUUCUAGGAGUUAGAAUUUAUCAUCAAAAGAUUUGGGGUCUUCCUUGUAGUUUGGGCCAGGCACCUGUGAUGGAAAGGACUGACUUCCCCUAGAGUGGGAGGUAGUGGGUAGUGCCCUCCACCCCAUCAGAUCUCAGACCAGAGAGGAGGUGCCCUGGGGAGACCCCUAACUACCUGCCUCCUCCUUCCGCACAGUGCUUGAGGCCAGCCAGUAGUUACAUAUGUCACCCAGACAGGAAAAGACACAUUUUUUUAGGAAAUGUUUUUAAUAAAAGAAAAUUACAAAAAAAAAAAAAAUUAAAAGGCCCCAUCCCUUUGUGCAUCCCACCCCCACUCUACUCCUUUCUUCCCAAUUGUUGUCCCCAUUUCUGAGGUGCACUGGGAGGCCCCCCUCUACUUGGGGCUUGAUAACUUUUCUUUGUAGCUGGGGCUCUGGUGUUCCUUAUAGUGUCACUUCCCAUCCACAUACCCCCAACCUGGUCCCCUCAGUGUUGUCGCAUCUGCUUUGUAAGCCACUGAGAAACCAGAGGGAAUAAGCACCCUUCCUCACCUUCUUUCUGGUAGUCUCCAUGACUCUCUUCCAUCUCGUCUUUCUUUUUCACUCUUGCUCCUCUUCCUUGGGCUCUGAUGAAAAAUGGCCGACUGUAGCUUUGGAAGUUUAGCUAUGAGAAUGGUAGAUGAUUUCAGUUCUAGGAAAAUAAAACCUGUUGAUUACUA